ACAGAAUGUGGCGGGUGCGGACGCUGCUUCCUCUGAGAGAUUUUUGAGAAACCUGUGCGACCCAAGUAGCUGCUUUUCUGAGUCAGGAAAAUGUCUGAUCAGAAAGAAGAAUUUGUUGCUCAGAAUACUGUUAAUGCAUCAGAAGAAAAUGAUGAUGCUCUUGAGACUAUCAAUAUUCCGGUUCCCUCAGAAGAGCUUCCGGAGUCCGAUCAAACUGAAGAUAAUGAAUCUGAAGUAGAACUGUCUGGUGAGGGCCAUGGCACACAUGCUGAGGAGGAAAGUAGCCAGAGGUUACCAAGCCUGGAACCAAACGACGAAGAACAACCUGUGGGAGAGGUUAUGUUGCCCAAACACGCUUCAUAUUCUCCAAGACAUUCUCCAAAGCACUAUCGAACUGAAUAUGAUAAUGCAAUGCUGCCAGCCAGAGGGUAUUCUGGAUCUCUGACACUUCUGAAUAAAAUAAAGGCCAUAAAGGAAUCUCUGAAAACAUCAAUGAAAGAUUCCUUAGCAACAGUAAAAGUUGUACUUUUUCCUGUGGGCCAGGAAAUUAUAAUGCCUUUUAAAAUAGACUCCAUUGUAAAGUACCUCAAGGAUCAUUUUUCAUACGUAUUAAGUAUCCCAUCUAACGUACUGCAGAUGAGAUAUUCAGGAAUAAUCCUUAAAAAUAAUGAGACCCUACUACAACAUGGAGUUAAGCCACAGGAUAUUGUACAAGUGGAAAUCUUUUCUACAGAUCCAGAUCUAUUUCCAAUCAAAAGAGUAGAUGGAUUAAGUGAUGCCUCUCACAUCAUAACUGUCAGAGUACAAACUGGCAUUGCUCAGUACCAGGACGUAGCUGUUGAGAUUAUAAAAUCUGACUUUCACAAACCAUUUCUUGGUGGAUUCAGACAUAGAAUAACAGGAGUAGAAUAUCACAAUGCUGGAACACAAACUGUACCUAAAAAGAUUACCAAAAAAGACUAUGCAUUUUGUAGGGAUACCCAGACAGUUUUUCAGAGAAAAAAGCUCCAGCAAACUACAAAUACAACAUCCACACAGAUGACUAAAAUUGGGGUGUAUGUAUCAAAUAUGACUGAUAAACUGGUAACACCAGGAAAAUAUUUUUCAGCAGCAGAAUACCAUGCUCAAAGAUUACAGGCGGUAAUAGUGUUACAGACUUACUAUAGACGAUGGCAUGCUAAAGUCAUGGUAGAGAAUUUAAGAAGACAGAAAAUGUUAAGGUUGAAGUGGGAAGCAGAGGAAGAACAAAGGAAGAUAAGAGAAAAAGAAGAAUGGAUGAAAUUGGAUUAUCACCGGAGGCAUAAUCCUCAGACAAAAGAAGAUUUUGAGCUUCUUUAUAAUGCACUGGAACUCUGGCGGCAAGAAGAACUUGCACGCAUUAACCAAUCUUUCACUGGGGCUGAAAGGAAAGCUGCUUUGUGUGAACUUCUGGAAAAAGAGACCCAGAUAAUUGCUUCCAUUGGGAGGCAUAGAUACAUUGCAUAUACGGCAAACCAGGAAGCACUGAUACAAGCUUUUUUGGAUAAGUGUUCAGCUCCAAAGGUAUGGAGAACAUUUAGCGGCAAAAUAAUUGAGAUGGAUACACAGUUCACCAUCAGAGCCAGAGAGCUGCAGAACAUCUAUAAAUGCAUAAUGCUGAAAAAUAUCUCUCAAGAUGAAAGACUGGAUGUACUCCUAACACUUAAACAUACUGUGAAGGAACAUGAAUGUAAACUGACUCAGGAAAUUCUAGAAUUGAUUGACAGAGAGGUUGACCUUAUGAUGAGAGGUGUCAAACAUCAUAAUCUUGAAGGGCUCAGAAAAAGAAUCGCAACACUCUUUUUUCAUUACAUCAAAACACCUCUAUUUAAUCCAGAAGUUGCAAGACACCUUAAGGUCCCUCAAGACCCAUUGAAGUUUUAUAAGAAGAUUUACUUUUGCCUCAGUUGCCAGCUCUAUUUGCCUUCCACAGAGUUUGCCGUAUCAUCCACCUCACACCGCGCAUACCGGUGUCGCAACUGCAUUAACCUUGACAAUGAGACUCGGCAACGAGAAUCAUUUCUGAAGUACAAAUGUUUACUUCAACGGCUCUACUAUUCAGAAGCUAAUUAUGAAGAUGAUUCUAAAAUUGCUUUCCUGAUGAAGCUAGAAGAUAUUCAGUACCUGAUAGAGAACAUCUGGGCAUCGCAGUCAGCACUCAGUGCCUGGAAUGAUCUCCAUGAUCUGGUCAUGGUCAGGUGGGAUAAGUCCUUGGAAUGGUCCCCCUGGAACUGCAUUCUUCUUACCAAAGAUGAAAGCAUUGCUCAUCUCAAGCUAACAAGUGUUGAAGAGGGAUAUGAACCCUCGUUUAUUCACAAGAUCAAACACAAACAUAUCCUGGCUAAGAACUAUUUUUCUCAAAUUCCAGUGCUGGCUUCAUUUAUACUUGAUGAUGGUGAGAUAGAUGAGAUCAGAAAGAAAUAUCACUCAGAAACAACACCUAAGAUUAUAGUGUCCCAGAGACCUAGUCCCUAGAAGAUCCAGGAGUGUUUGAUGAUCAGCACUUUUGUCCACUGCUAAUAGAGUAAUAAGAGACCACACAAUAUGGAAAUAGAAUUUUAUCUUUUUAUUGAUUUUAAUUGUUUUUUGUUUCUCAUAUUAUCAUAAGUUGUAUAAAGAUAAAACAUCCCUAUAUAAAUGCUUUAUUGUUACACAAUUAGUGAUCAAUUGAAAUAUAGUUUUGUUCCUGAAAUU